CGUCUUUCAAAGCGCCAUGUUGCUUCCUCAACCCCAUUCUUUCGCGCCUUCAUUUGCACACAUCACAAUUUUCUCGCCGAAACUCGCAAAUCCUUGCGUCCGAAAAUACGCCUUUCCUGCUCUCUCGCCCCGUGUCUCUUUGGAAAUGCGGCAGUGUAUUUCGAAAAUAUCCUUCGCGACGACAUGUUCGAUUCGAAGCAGCAGCGGUAGUAGCGCCAUCGGCAACCGCGAGAUGGUGGGAGAGUAGAUGGCGCGAAAUAACACGUAUAAGUAUCGUACGCCGCGCCGGUGGAGCAGUCAGUCGACUUCUAUCGGUUGGUCGUGCGAUACAUUCUCGUUUCGCGUUUCUACGACAUCUCUUCUCCCCUCUCUCUCUCUCUCUCUUUCUCUCUCCUCUAGCCUCUCUUGUACAGGUUAAGCUCCGCGUUGCGUCCCGAUCGCCGGCGGCUAUGCCAAGGAGUGCGAGGCGCGUGCGAUUUCGCGUCGCCGUCUCCUCUUUUUGCCGACGGUCGUCUGCCGCGCGGGUUGCGUAAGUUGUAUAACGACGGUACAGACGUCGUCGAUGAGGUGUCAACGGCGCGCGCGCUCGUACCUCUGACGACGUCGUCGUGUGUCAGCCUAGCGUAACGUCAUCGGCCUACGUCUGGCAACGAUAACAACAACAAUAACAACGUCGGCGGCGGCGAAGACGAGGACGACGACGACGACGAGAAGGAAGUGGAAGGCGGACGACUCGACGACGAUUCACAGCGGAGCUACGGAAAGGAGAGAAAGAAAGCGGUUGUGGCGAAGGAAGAGGAGGAGGCGAGGAACAGGAGAACGCGAUACACUCGUCGUGCGUGUGUGCGUGCGUGUGUGCGUGCAUGUGUGCGGGUACGGGCGGACCCGUGAGGACGGCGGGAAUCUAUGCGAGACACGCGGGACACGAUGACGGCGAUGCUGGUGUCCGUGGCGGAGCUGUCCAAUAUCUUCUCAGUGCUCGCCGUGCUGAUAUGCUUCUGCGGGGUCAUCCUGUUUAUCAUGAGGAACAUGAUGGUGCUCCGCGUCCACGGCGACGACCUGAUGUUCGGCGGCAGCGGAGGAGUGAUAACGCAUACACCUCGAAUACCGCAGAUGGAAAUGAUGAAGGUGCACAUUCCCUUCACCUUCAAGCUCCACGAAAGCUUCAAGAGCACGUACGCCGAGGUGGAGUGCGAAGUGUCCAGCCAAGUGGAGUAUUCGCUGCAGGCGAUCUGGGGUGUUAGCAUCAGGGAGCUGCACCUGGCGCUUUGGAAACCUUGGAGCACGCUGCGCGACGCGUCCUUGAACGGGACCCUUCUGCAGGGUUAUGCGCAACAUCUCACACCGCUGCAAACACAGCCCCACGGGGAGGAAACGCUGAGAUUGUCGCUUCCAGCACCAGAAUUGGAGCUUGGCACUCCUCCGCGGCUCUGUUACCCUUUGGUGAUCUUUCUCACACGAAGAGACAACAGAGAUCCUCAUCCGGAUGAAACCGUGGCGUUGGUGAAUGUUGUUCACAUCAAGGACAGCGUAUGCACAUUGCCGACUUCGAUCUUGGCGCAGUACUUGAAACAGGCGAACGGUCAGUUGUCCUGCUUAAAGCAACUCUACCUGGCGACAGGCAACUCCAGCAAUUACGAUGAAAGCGAUGUGUCAUCGGGUCUGGGACCGACGCCAGCAUUAGCGCUCGCCGAGCCGUGCAACAACAAUAACAACAACGGCAGCGGUAGUGGCGGUCGUGGCGCCCUGGUGGCAUCCGGUCAAGGCGGCGAUCAGGAUAGCGGUUCUCUGUGGAACAGCGCGGGCGAACAGCUCUGUGUAGUGUGCCAAUACUUCCCUUUGUCGCGUGCUCUCCUACCAUGCCGGCAUACCUGUAUUUGCGCCUCAUGCUUCGGCAAGCUUGACCGCUGCCCUAUGUGCCGCAGUCCCAUCAAAAGCUACUUCUGCAUACGCAGCGAAGAGUACAUGCCGCCAGAGAAGGAGAUCAAUCCGUGCAAGCAGCGUCAGCAAAGCCACGGACCGACUCAUUGGCUGCACGAUUGGAACGACAGGCUCACCGAUUUCCUCGGUUUCGCCCGAUAGGGAGGACACGCUACACAUUUGCGGCACUGUCACAGCGUUUUCCCAGCAGCUGAUCUUACGUCGUUCCGUUGGAAAACGCUGCCCUCGAGCGAGGAUAAUCCAGCCGUUUGUUGUAAUCGGCAGUAAUUGAAUGAAUUCGAAGAGACAGGAUCGAUCUUAGAGAGAGAGAGAAUCGCGAGAGGGCAUGUUUGUUAUAAAUGAAUAUAUAUUUUUUAAUCGAGAGAUUUCUCCCGACGGUGUCACGCUUCAGUGUUUCUUUCCGCGCAAUCGAUAAUCGCGAUUGUAGCAGUGAACUUUGCGAUAAUCGCUGUUAAACCGCGUCAUCAUGGUUGGUUUAAGGUCCAACAGCGGCCGGGUUGUCACUCGAGGAUGACGUCUCCUUGUAUACUAAGGAUUCAGAAUUUGUUUUCUAGGCGCUCCAGUGUUAGCAACAUUUUUAUCCCUAGAGAACGAACGCUCCUACUGGAAAUCCACCGUUAGAUUCGUUACGGUCGAGGCACGCCAUUUCGUUUGGUAGGCAAUCUCCAUAGAUAUUUUUAUUUAAAUCGAACGUGAAUAUAAAAGAUAGUCGUUACGGCAUAGUACCAAGCAUAUGAAAGCUAUUGUAUUGUCUUUCAAGUAUUAACGUCCUUAAACUUUAAACCUGGAUGUAUGAAAAUCAAUGUUUACAAUUGAAGAAAAAAGAACUGACAUCUAUUUAUUCAGUUUUCAACAAAAUUCCUAAAAUUUGAAAGCAUCUCAAAAUCGGUAACUUCCGUUCAUAAAUUUCGUUUUUCAAAUCACUGAAACGUCAAUGAACUAAAGUAGUUAAUGUGGCAAUAUGUCGCUUUUGAAAGGUUUACAAAUUUUUGUAAUUUUUGUAUCGUUGAGUUUUGUAAUUUGUAUCGUUGAGUUCUCAAAGCUUGAUAGCUUGAUAACUUGAGUCAUUUCGUGGAAAAGAAACGGUCGAUAUCGAACGAAUUAACGAAUCUUUUUCCCCAUGUCGAGUACUUGCAUUUCAAAACAAGAAUAUUAUGCUGAUAUUUCAACGAUUAGCUCACUAUCGCUCUUGACUUAGUAAUAAAUUCGUGGAGCAUGCGAACAGUAGUUUGACCAUUUUGAGGCAGACUAUAUCCCGAUUUAUCGUUUACGAGUGAACUACGGAAGUCUGUGAGGUUUCGCGAUGAAUCUUCUCAGGCGGAUAUCAAAACCCGUUCUGAAAUGCUUGGUUUGCUGCCGAGCUGUAACGUACGUGAAAUGUUUGCUCACAUACGAGAUGUCUCGGAAUCAAGAAUUAACUAACUUCUUUAGGAAUCUAACACUUCUUCGGCAAUGACGAAUUCGACUAGAAUUCUUGAAGAAGAUAUUAAUACUAAUUCUUUUUUCUAGUCUUAUCCGGCAUCAAAAGUUCAAUAAAAUCUAAUUAUAUAAAAUUACGUAAC